UCCAUGGGUGAUAUGAAGCGAAAAGGGCUCUCAUUUCAAUGAAAACGUCAAUGGAAGAGGCUUCACCUCUCUUUUGUAUCCCUGAAUCUUAUCAUCGGCAAGACGAUAGCUAGAAAAUUGAUUGACUUGCUUCCAUUGCCCCCUCUUCUAAAACCAAAAGCCCGGCCAGGAGCACAGAAACUUAAAAACCAGCCAAGAACACAACGUUCAUCAGAGACUACCAAUCCCAGGGAACAGCGCCCCCUGCUUUUCCCUUUCCGGGUUGGUGUCUUUGGAUUAUUAUUACUAUUAUUGCUCUAAAGUUUAAACCACCACCGCUAGAUAUAUAAUGGGUAAUUACGUUUCCCCCUUCUUCUUUUCCGCCGUUGUUGUGGUGUUGGCGGUGAUUCUGCGGUGCCCUUCGCCCUGCGGGGCGGCAGUGGUGGACGAGGCGUUGCUGAAGCUGAAAGAUUCCAUGGAGAACACUAAGGCGCUGGAGGAUACCUGGAAGAGCGGUACAAAUCCGUGCGAAAAGCCCCGAUGGUUUGGCAUUCAAUGCCACCGUGGGGACGUCACGGGGCUCCGUCUCAGCGAGCUCGGCCUCGGCGGCGUGAUCAAAGUGGAGCCCCUGUCGGGUAUCAAGGGGUUAAGGAUGAUCGCCAUGGGGAACAACAAUUUCUCCGGGCCGAUUCCGGAUUUCAACAAGCUUGGAGCUUUACGGUCUAUUUUUAUUCAGGAUAAUAAGUUUUCCGGGGAGAUUUCUGAGGAUUUCUUCCUGGAACUCAAUUCUUUGAAGAAAGUUUGGCUGGCAAAUAACAAGUUUUCAGGCGGGAUUCCGGGGUCGUUUGGGAAGUUGGAAAAUUUGAUUGAACUUCACCUUGAAGGGAAUCAAUUCUCCGGGGAAAUCCCUGUCCUGACUCAGAAACCCCUUGUUAACCUGGACGUGGCUAAUAAUAAACUCCAGGGAGAAGUCCCGGCGGAAAUGGAAAGAUUUGGGGUUAAGGCAUUUGCAGGGAACCCUAAUCUUUGUGGGAAAGUGGUGGGCAAAGAUUGCCAUGGUACCGCCCCUAAGGCGAACCAUGAUAAAGCUGCUGCUGGUGAAGCAUCGUCAUCAGCAUCACACGAGAAGGGCUCGAGCACGAAAUGGAUAAUCAUAGCAGCAGCCAUAGCCCUGCUGCUAAUCAUCAUCCUGUUCAAGACGCGGAGAAAGGAGGACGAUUUCGGGAGGAUACAGAAGGAAAAUCUGGACGAGGUUGUCCCGGUGCACAGCAGCAAGAGGAGCACAAGUAGCGGCAACGCCAGCAGCAGGCGGGGGUCGGGGUCGGGACGGGGCGAAUCAUCGUCCCAUCACUCGAGGCGGGGAUCCAACGGCGGGAGAGCAAUGGGGGAUCUGGUGUUGGUGAACAGCGAGAGGGGGCAAUUCGGGCUGCCUGAUUUGAUGAAGGCCGCAGCUGAGGUUCUUGGCAGUGGUGGAUUGGGAUCAGCUUACAAGGCUGUGAUGGGGAAUGGGAUUUCUGUUGUGGUUAAGAGGCUCAGAGAAAUCAACCCUAAGAUCACCAAAGAUGCCUUUGAUGCAGAGAUUAGAAAGCUUGGGAAGGUAAAACACCCAAACAUCUUGACACCAUUGGCAUACCAUUACAGGAAAGAGGAGAAACUGGUCAUCUCUGAGUACAUGCCCAAAGGCAGCUUGCUGUAUAUUCUGCACGGUGAUCGAGGGUUAUCCCAUGCCGAGCUGAACUGGCCAACGCGGCUAAAAAUCAUCAAGGGGGUAGCCAAUGGGAUGGGAUUCCUACACAAAGAAUUUGCAGCACUUGAAGUGCCACAUGGGAACCUCAAGUCCAGCAACAUUCUCCUGUCAGCAAACAACGAGCCAGUCCUCACAGACUACGCGUACUACCCGCUGAUCAACAACACGCCAACCGGGCAACAAAUGAUCGCUUUCAAGGCGCCCGAGGGCGUCCAGCACCAGCAAGUCUCCCCGAAGAGCGACGUGUACUGCCUUGGGGUCAUCAUCCUCGAGAUCAUCUCGGGGAAGUUCCCUUCCCAGUACCUCAGCAACCAAAACGGAGGGACCGAUGUGGUGCAGUGGGUGAGACAGGCCAUUGCAAACAAGAGAGAGUUGGAAGUGAUUGAUCCAGAGAUUGCUAUAGCCACAAACUCACUGCCACAAAUGGAGAAGCUUGUGCAUAUUGGAGCUGCCUGCACUGAGAAUGAUCUGAUUAACCGGAUUGACAUGAAGGAAGCCAUCAAGAGAAUAGAAGAAGUCCAUGUGUAAAGAGACUCAGACUCCAUGGUUUUAUGUAGAUUAUGUUAGAUCAGCAGGUUUAGUAAGAGACACAAACAGAAGAAGUUGUCAACUCCCAGCCAUCAUUCAUAGGUAUAAUGACCAAUACCAUGUAUUUUUUGUUUUGUUUUUUUUUUCUUUGUUUUCCUCUACACUGUAUUGUAUCCAGUCUUCCAAACUAAGACUUACAUGUACAGUUUCUGUUGUAUAUAAUGAAUUCUAACAAUCUGUAACACUAAAACCUAAUUCCUUUGAAAAAUCAAGAUGCCAAUUUGACUA